AUGGCCAUUUACAGUCUUCUUCAAAGGAGAGAUGUCAUGGAAAUUUUGUCAACAAGAUUUGGCAAGAGCAUGAUCUUUACUGUCUUUGCUAUGGCCAAAGAAGAAAUAUCCUCAUCGAAAACCUGUAUGAUUACAAUUUCCCCUCUAAAACGUACUAUCGACGACCAGAUAUCUGAAAUGUUGUCGCUGUGCUGUAAAGCAAUGGACCUUAUGACAGAAACAGUAAAUUUCAGUGCUUCGAGAAAGUUCACCUCAAUUUUCUCCAUUACUCGGUGUUAGAGAAUAACGCACUCCAGCGCAAUACAUCGAACGGUGUCCGCGAUUGUGGUCGAUGAAUCGCAUACGGUAGAAGAAAGACGCACAGCGUAAUUCUCCAUAUUUUUUCUCCAUAUUUUUUUUUGCUUGGUGUAGCUUAAGCUACAACUCAAAUCUGAAGAUCGCGCUAUACGUAAAAAUACAACAUCCUGCAAACAACACUUACAAAGCCGGGUCCAGCAUCCAAACAUUCACGGACAAAGCAGUGACAGAAACUACAAACCAAGGCUCCUUGGUUUGUAGUUGUCCAGAUCCAGGCAUUUUAGUCGGAAAAGACCAAAGAAACUAA